AUCUGCUUGGAUCAUACUGAGUUGAUAUAUGACAAAAAAUGGGCGACUUAAAUUUGGUGGAUUCCAAAGCUUCAGAGCAUGAAGUAACUUGUGAAUAUUAAGAAAAUCGGAAAAAUCGGUAAAGCUGACUUUCCGUAAAAAUCGCUAAACUAUCUCGAAAAGUUACUAAAAAAAACGCAGUAGGGCAACAGAACGUGACAUAAGUUGUUGCAAUGAAUAAAAUCGGAAAAAUCGGUAAAGGUGACCUGCGGUGUGGGGGGUUAAAGGGUGGAAAAGGGAACUAAAUCCAUGUGGAAAAGGUGUCUUUUUAUACAACAGUCAUAGGGACCCUAUACGUAGUUACUAGUGGUACACUACACACGCGUCAACGGUUUUAUAACAGGCGCUGAUAAUCUUCGCUAUCGGUCUGUAAUCUCCCCGAUCAGUUGAUUUCAGAUGCUUCAGAUGAAACUUCUGAAAACGAAGGAUUAACCUUCUUCGGUUAUCAUCAAUUUUGUUUCCGAGGCCAUGAAAUGGCCAGAUGCUGUUUGUAUUGGAUUUUACGUGAAGAAUAUUCAUGCGAAUUACGAUAAAAUGAUAUUGUUGAUGACGUGAUGCAAUUUAUAAGUGUUAAUCCCGUGUCAAUUAUUAUUGAAUAUAAUGGAGUGCCGUCCAGACGUGCAUGGUGUCAAUUUCAAGUGGAAAGGAGUACUUUUACUCCCGAUGGAAUUACCACCAGCUGCCACGGGAAAUCCAAUACAUAACGCGCGUGGAAAAAUGUCCUUCAUACGUCGUUUGGGUCUUGGCUGCAUCGUCCUAGCUUUUUUGGGUCUUCUAUACGUGCCAGCAUAUCAUUCAGCCCAAGGACCACUUGGAAUAGGUGAGGUAACAUCUCCCUCUGGACCUUCGUGGCUUUCACGCUACUUAGAACCCGUAGCAGAAUUACAUGGUUGGACGUUCAAUACAUCCAGAAAUUUGAACUCAUACAUCCAUCCGCAGGAUAACACAACAGUCCUGAGUCCUGAUGAUAGUUGCACGUUAUCAGCAUCGCCAUACCUGUUAAUUGUCGUUUGUUCAGCGGUGGAUCAUCAGAAGCAAAGAAUUGCCAUUAGAGAUACAUGGGCCAGCGCGACGGACAUGAGUUUUUACAAUUCGACUUCUGUUAAAGUUCUAUUUUUACUGGGACAGAGUGAAAAUGAGACACUCAAUAAUUUGGUCUUAGAAGAGAACCAGGAGUAUGGCGAUAUCAUUCAAGAGAGAUUCAUCGAUGCUUACAAUAAUUUGACUAUAAAAUCAGUAAUGCUGUUGAAAUGGGUUACAACGAAUUGUCCACAAGCAACUUAUCUGAUGAAAACCGACGAUGACAUGUACAUAAAUGUUGAUAAUCUCAUCAAAGCUCUGAAAUCAAGACAACGGAGUAGUGAUACUCUUAUAGGAUCAUUGAUCUGUAAUGCACGUCCAAUAUUGGAUCCAAAAAAUAAAUGGUACACGCCGAAAUACAUGUUCUCGGAGAAGACAUACCCCAAUUAUUUAUCAGGGACUGGUUACGUAAUGAGUUUAGAUGUUGCUGUUAAAUUGUACGAAUCAGCAUUAUCCACACCUCUUCUUCAUCUCGAGGAUGUUUACAUAACAGGGCUGUGCGCGAGAAGGGCGAAAUUAAGACCAGUCGAUCAUCCUGGUUUCAGUUAUGCUCAACGUAAAUUGGAUUUCUGUGUGUUGAAAAGCGCCAUUACUGCACACCGAGUAGAUACUUCCACAAUGCACACUAUCUGGAAUAAACUUAAGAAUAGCAAUAUUACGUGUCAGGAGAAAAAAGUUACUGUACAGCACAGGCAUGGUCGAAACUUUGGAUAUUUUUCAGUUAAAAAAAGAAGUACGAAUAAUCGUUGUGUGUGAAAAACACAAUAAGCUGAGCAGACUUCCAAAUUCCAUGAUUCUUAGCAAGUACUGUAUAAGAAAAUAUAACGGUCGUGUACAUAGUGAUUAGGUUGAGAAUGAACAUUUGUUUUCUAGAGUUGAUAAUAAAAAAGCUAGGGAUCGUUAAGAACAAGAAGAUAAAAUAUUUUUUUCCAAAACAAUUAUAUUUUUCAUUCCAUAAUCGUAUGUAAGAGAUCAAUUGUCAAUUAGGUGUUAGGCUUUUUCUGUAAAGUACUUACGGUAAGAAGGAAUUUGUAUGAAAAGCCCGUUGAGGUGCUGGUUAAUUCAACUAUUUCUACCAGUAUUUUUUGCCUCUUGACAAAAAACUGAUACUAGUGAUAAAUAGAAAUUAGAAAAAUUAUAUUAUUAGUUAGGAACGAAUUGACAUGAAUAUUAAAAGUUUUCCCCCGAUUCGAUACAAAAGUAUUUUAGUCUGAAACAACAGUACAUACUGACAUAGAGAUUAUGUUCUUUAGUUCAUCACUAGUCUGUUAUCUACGUGACGAUUGAUAAUUGAUUUGUAUAAGAAAUCCUGUUCCAGUACAGUUGUUAAUGGUGCUAUGGAGAAUUGGAGUGUAUACAGUGUAAAAGGUUUAUUGUGAUCAGAUUUUUUGCGCUUCCAUUCAGAGACAAAAAUGGCAGCUUUGCACCUCCAAACAUUGUACAACUAACAUAUUAGUGACUAAUAACAAGUCGAUUAAGCUGCUGGAUUCUUCCCAUUUAAUUCUGGCCAAGGGAAGAUGAAUAUUUAAUAUCACAUAGUACAACUCGACUGUUACCUUUCCUAAUAUCAAAAUUUCAACGGGGUAAUACAUUUCAUACUCUUAUCAUUCUCUAUCACGGGAAAGAUGUCAUUCCGACCCUGGGAGAGAGAGUGAUAUGGUUUUCAAUUGAGGCAUGAAUUCUGAGGUACCGUUUCAAGUACUUCCGCAGUUAAUUAUGCUUGGGAUUAAUUUGGCAAUAUGUCAGAGACCUCAUGUUUGAACUAUCUAUUGUUGGAUGUGAUGAAAGAGUAUUAUAAAAUUUUCAAACUUUUACCACGUCAUUUGCCAGGUAUACAAUGCUAAACAAACUGAAAAAAAAAUUAAGUUUCGAUAUUUAACGAUGUAUAUUUCGAACACGAUGUGGCUAAAGUCCUUGAAAUUUCGAGAAUAAUUUCUGUAUGUACCUAACAACAGAUCCUCUGAAUUUGGUGUUUCUAGAGUAUUGGGAAAUUUUUCGAAAACACCAUUAAUGGCGGAAGUUCCUUCAAGGUAUUCAAAAGUUCAAGCUGAAUUUUUUUUUCCCGUAAAUUAAUAAUAGUGUUAAUUGAUUAAUUGUUGUACCUCUGACUUCAGUGAUAAGUCGACUUGUUAUUCGUCAUUAUUCCAUUACUGGUUUGCUUUAGAAUAUAGCGAAUUAUCGCGGCUCAAGUCUAUCAAUAUAAAUAUUUACUAUCCAAGUUGACUGAUCUUUUAAAUUUGAAUCUCUUGAAUUCCUUUAAAUCUAAACUGAUCGUUUGAUCUUCCUUGCCGAAGCCUUUUUUCCAUACUAUUUAAUGCAGUCCGGGUCCAAGAUGAGAAUGAGCUAAUCGAGAUUAUCGGCUAAGGCUCGGUUGUACUAUCGAUGGAACAUAAUCGUUGUUUCUUAUUUUAUCCUGCUGGUCAAGAAUAUUUCUAAAUUUAGGUUUCAAAUUGUGUUUCGAAAACCACGCCAAUGACUAUAAAACAAUAAUGGUAAAAUAAAAAAAGAGCAAAAAUUGUUGAACGGGGAAAAUGGAAAUAUUAAUUUCAAGGGACCUGCCAAGUUUACAGAAAAAUAAUUAAAUACACGCAGCUUACCAGCUACCAUGAUGGGGGAAAUUAAUAUAUUUGACAGUCAAUAACAAUAUAGAAUCAAAAUGGACUAUUAAAUAUUACCGACGGUAAACUACGUAAUUUAUCGUAAACUUGACCGAUCGUUUGAAAUCAAUAUCUCGACUUACUCCUCUUCAACAAUUUUUCCUCUCUUUUAUAAUUAUUUUUUAUAACCACUGGAUGGGUCUCAGCACUACAAUUUGAAACACAGAUUUCGAAUAUUUACAUUGAGGCUCGGGUGGAUUAUCUAGAAAAGAUAAUUCACUCCGAAAUUCGGAUUCCUAAUUACUUUGGCAAUUAAU